UUAUUUUAUUAUUUCCUUUAAAAUAUUAAUUUUUUUUAUAAAAAUAGCUCAUUUGUGGAAUAUUGUGCCGAUUAGUUAUACUUAUUUAUAGGAACAGCAUGCCUUGGUGGUAUUUUGAAAAGGAGGAAUUAAAGAAUACUCCGUCAAGAAAAGACAAUGUUGAAUUUGACACUGAACGAAGAUAUCGUCGUGAGGCAACAAAUUUCAUUAAGGAAUGUGGAAAUUUAAUGGGCCUUGGAUAUUCUACUAUUCAUACAGCGAUUGUUUAUCUACAUAGAUUUUAUAUGUUUCAUUCGUUCAGAACGUUUCCGAGAUAUGUGACAGCUUGUAGCUGUUUGUUUCUCGCUGGAAAAGUUGAAGAGACACCAAAAAAAUGUAGGGAUAUAAUCAAAAAGGCAUCGACCAUACUAACUAGUCAGAAAAUGAUGUCAUUUGGUGAAGAUCCGAAAGAGGAAGUAGUAACAAUGGAGAGAAUACUCUUAAAGACUAUUAAAUUUGAUCUUCAGAUUGAUCAUCCUUAUCGAUUUUUAAUUGAAUACGCAAAAUGUCUCAAAAGUAAUGGAAAUACGCCAAAAGAGCAAGUGGUCCAGAAAGCGUGGAAUUUUAUCAACGAUUCUUUGGAAACGACUUUGUGUCUACAAUGGGAACCAGAAAUUAUAGCUGUUUCUAUGAUGUAUUUAGCAUGUAAGAUUUCAAAAUAUGAUGUAGUCGAUUGGAAAGGACGGGUUCCAGAUCAUCAGAAAUGGUGGGAUAUGUUUGUAAAAGACAUGACGAAAAAUAUCCUUGAGGAUAUAUGCCAUCAAGUACUUGAUUUGUAUCAAAAUCCAAAAGGUAAAUCAGAAGCACCAGAUAGUCCUCCUCAAUUACCACCGAGUAAGGCGUCUUUAAUUAAAGCGUCACCUCCUCCACAAAAAAGGGCAAAAUUACAACAAUCACCAGUUAUGAAUCCAAAAGUAGCCGUUAAUCACAUACCUGUAAAGGUUUCAAGUAAUGAAUAUGACAUGGCAAAAGUUCCCCAUCCGCCCUACGGAUAUCCAUCAACAAGUUAUCAACAGCCACCUCCUCCUGCAUAUCUCGUUCAAUCAGCAGUGCCACCACCUCUUCCUGCACAUUCAAAUAUUCAUCAUAAACCACCUUUACCGCCUGCUUCAAACUAUCCAACAAACAACAAUAUACCACCACUUCCACCAUCGAGAUAUCCAGCAGCUAACAUAGCAUCAAAUCAAUUUUAUCAACUGCCCCCGACAAAUAACUAUUCUCAUAAGAACAACAGAUCUAAUCACUAUCACCAACCUUAUCAAUGAAUUUUAUUUUAUCUGUAAUGAUGUUUUGAAGAUUUUGACGAUGGAAUAUUAGAAUUAACAAACAAAAAUAUUCCUAAAAACUGAUUAGUAACAAUUGUAAAGUAAAUCCAUAUUGGCUUUGAUCAAGAGUCGUCCAGAGAUUGGGUUCAAAUCGCAUGAGUGGAAAAUUCUUUUUAAUUCAAAUAAAAUGCAAACUUAGUUGACAAAUUUAAAUAUAUCUUAUCCCACAACUAAAUCCAACGUAUUUGAAGAGAUUCUCCGCUGGACCCUUUCCUCUUCACAAUCUAUACUCUUGGAUUACGACUUCAUCCAAUCGCAUUCCCUGGAAUGUUUAAAUUCACCAACAAAAUGUAAUUGUAAAGUACGUUAAUGAAUAUAAUUCAUCUAUUUUGAUAAGCAUGAAAAAG